AACUUCCAUGCCGGCCAUAUACUCGGGUAUCAAGCCAAAGCGUGGAGUAUCAAGAGAUGCCGCUGCUGUAUAUCAUCAAAGAAGGGCCAGCGCUCCGACGGCGACUGAAUGCAAUCUGACCUUGCCCAUCGCCCCCAAAAUCGUGAUCAUCAGCAUGUUCACUCCCGAGGCCAACACCUGGUACCAUCGCCCGGACUUUGACCUACUUGCGCACAACAUAUCUCUCCCCGGAUUGUCUCCUCUGUUUCCUUCUAUACACUGCGACUCUGCCGGCUCCAUUUGUCAAGUCAUCACCGGCGAAGGCGAGAUCAACGCCGCCGCCUCCAUCAACGCGCUCUGGCUGUCCCCAUCCUUCAACCUGACAUCAAGCUACUUUCUCAUCGCCGGCAUCGGUGGCGUGAACCCUUCCCUUGCGACCACCGGCUCUGUCACCUUUGCCCGCUACGCCGUUCAACUCGACUUGCAAUACCAGAUUUCCCUCUCGAAGGACGCAGCGAACACCUCCAUCGCCACCAUCCCACAAGGCUCCGACUUUGCAUCCGAGUACCCACAAGAUCUUUACGGCACCGAAGUCUUCGAGCUGAACAACAACCUCAAAAGUCUCGCUGUAUCUCUCGCACGGCGGGCAGCCCUCAACGACACCACUGCUGCUCAGGCGUACCGCGCGAAAUACUCCUCCCCACCGGCCAAUGCCGCGCCAUCCGUCGUCGAAUGUGACUCUGGCACAUCCAACACCUACUGGUCUGGCGCGGUGCUUGGCGACACCUUCUCCGCCUAUACGAAGCUUCUAACAAACGGCUCAGGCGUCUACUGCAACUCUCAACAAGAAGACAACGCUACACUCGAAUCCCUGCUCCGCGGCGCUAUCGCAAGGAAGCUGGAUUUCGCUCGGAUCAUUUUGAUGCGUACAGCGUCGGACUUUGAUCGUGCACCUCCGGAUGAGACCGAGGAGGAGCAUUUGUUGACGGCGGAGCAAGCAGGGUUUGGGCCAAGUAUAGAGAAUAUUUGGCUGGCGGGGAGGCAGAUUGUGCAGGAUGUGGUGGGCAAAUGGGAUGAGGUUUAUGAGCAGGGAGUAAAGGCAGAAAAUUAUGUUGGCGAUUUGUGGGGAAGCUUGGAUGGCACU